AUGGUAAAUACCCUUGCAGAGCCGCCGCUGAACCGGGAGCAGCCACUGCGCGAACUGGUUUCUAACGGCCGCAGAUACAUCACCAGCAAAGGCGCAUACCACCGUAACCACAGCGCGAUUCCCACCAUCGAUGGUGACGUGCACCUUGUCCAGGUCAAUGGCGAGGUGACGAACCCCAUAAAUCUCACCCUCAAGCAGCUGCGAGAGGAUUACACCCAGUAUGAGGUUACCUGCGCGCUCCAGUGUGCUGGCAACAGGCGGCAUACCAUGCGAACGAAACUCAAGGAAGUCCGUGGCAUUGAUUGGAAGGAUGGAGCUGUGAUGAAUUGCACUUGGAGGGGGCCCCGAUUACGCGACGUUCUACUGCGAGCUGGCGUCAAAAGCGAGUAUGCCGCGCAGUGCCCGUUGCAUGUCGAAUUCUCAUGCUAUCAAGCUCUCUGCGAAGACGAUGACUACUACGCUGGAAGUAUCGAAAUUUGGAGAGCUAUGGAUCCUGGGAAGGAGGUAAUUUUGGCGCUUGAGAUGAAUGGAGAGACCCUACGUCCAGAUUACGGUUAUCCGGUCCGCCUUGUAAUCCCCGGAAUCAUUGGUGCUCGAUGGGUCAAAUGGCUCGACACUAUCACAGUAAAAACCAUCGAAUCACCGAAUUUCUACCAAGCCCAUGAUUACAAGGUCCUUCCGCCCGAGGUCCUCACAUGGGAAAUGGCCGAGGAAUACUGGCCCAAAAUGCCUUGCAUGCAAGAAACGCUCGUGAACUCCGUUGUAGCCGUUCCUGAUGACGGCGAGACCGUCACACUAACGCCUGACGGUUACGUGGAAGUCAAAGGCUACGCCGUCCCCCACGGCCACGAAGGCCCCGUGAUCCGCGUCGAAGUGUCAGGAGACGAGGGCAAAACUUGGAUCGAUGCUGACCUUUACGCCGGCCAGCCCGCUCAGAAAUAUAAAUGGGCCUGGGUCCUCUGGCGCGCCCGCGUCAAGAUGGACAGCGGGCCCAACCAGACAAUUUAUAGUCGUGCCACAGAUGCGGGGGGCAACACCCAGCCUUUUACCUCGGAAUGGAAUCUCCGUGGUGUUGGGUACAACGGAUACGGUGCGUCGUGGAAUGUCAAGGUUAUACAAGCCCAGCUCCGGCUAUGA